AUGACUUACAGUCCUACUACUUUUGAAGAUUUGGAGAAGCUGGAGCACACUGCCUUCUGGAGCAAGAACUAUACUUUCCAAAGAGAAGAUCAUAAAACAAAUGGAAGGCCAGCAUCUCAGGUCAGAAUGCUGCCCCUCCGUCAUGCUCUGGCCGUAGCUGUUGUCCAGAUCUUUAUCUUGUCAGAAAACUGGGCAUUGGCGAAGAAUAUCAACUUCUAUAAUGUGAGGCCUCCUCUGGACCCUACGCCAUUUCCAAACAGCUUCAAGUGUUUUACCUGUGAAAAUGCAGGAGAUAAUUAUAACUGCAAUCGAUGGGCAGAAGACAAAUGGUGUCCACAAAAUACACAGUACUGUCUGACAGUUCACCACUUUACCAGUCAUGGAAGAAGUACAUCCAUUACCAAAAAAUGUGCCUCCAGAAGUGAAUGUCAUUUUGUUGGCUGCCACCACAGCCGAGAUUCUGAACAUACAGAGUGUAGGUCUUGCUGUGAAGGCAUGAUCUGUAAUGUAGAGUUACCCACCAACCACACGAAUGCAGUCUUCGCCGUGAUGCACGCGCAGAGAACAUCUGGCAGUGGUGCCCCCACACUCUGCCUACCAGUGCUUGCCUGGGUCUUCGUGCUUCUGCUGAUAUGA